CACAUUGAUCUAUCAAAACUGGCAAAUAGUAUGCCAUUUCGUCGAUGACGUUAAGCAUCCUUCAUUAAUCUUGGAACUCGUUAUGGAGAAAUUAGACGAGGAUUUUGGAUGCAGAGAGCAGAAGGAUGACGAUAGCAUUAUAUCCGAACGUUGUUGGAGAGAGAACCAUAGAGGAGACAGCAGAAAAUGGUUGAUGAGAGAUGGACAAGCAAAAGUGGCUGCUCAUCGCAUCUAUUCUACUAUGAGGGCUACAUAUACACCUCCUGAGGAAGAUGACUAUCAGCUGGUCGGAAAGAGACGUGCACUUUUCAUCAAAGAGUGCCUCGACAAAUCAUACGAAGAAGCCAUCCACGAUAGGAAUAAGCCACCUCCAGUGGAGGAGUACUGUAGCGAAUACGAUGGAAAUUUUCAUCUUCCAGGCUUUGAACCUGUACCAGAGGACAAGCUGCAUUCUCAGCAUGAAGAACUCUAUCAAAAGUACCCAUUGUACGGAUCUGCGGCGAUGUCCUUCUGGCAACAUAAAUUCGAGAACAGGAGGCAGGAGAUACAGCCGGGCCGGUUCACGGCGGUCUCCGAUCCCAAGAACCCGUUCAAGAGGAAUUCGACGUUCUCGACGCCGAUAACGGAGGCUUUGUACGACGCCGAACUGUGACGCCGGACAAUGGAAACAUUUGCAUAUUUGAUGCGACGUCUUUAUGCGAUAUCUCAGCGCUUCUUUCCGGUCGAGUUCACUCGCCCGUGAAUUUGUGUUCCUACUGAAAUAAAUAUGUCAACAUUG